AUGACAUCAAACACGAGUUUGUACGGGAUUCAGAAAUCUAGAAAGGCUCAGAAACAUGUUUCAUCCUCCAGCAGCCUUGCUUUCACAUCGACUCUCUCAUCUCUACUGUCCACAUCAGCGCUACCAAAUGCUGGCACUAGCAGAACUCGACCAUCCAAAAACAAGUCAGAUAUUUUUACAUAUCACAGGAAGAAUUCUCUGAAAAGGAAAAUCGAGAUUAAAAAAGAAGGUGUGCGGGGUAAUGAAGGACACAGUAGCACUCUCGAAACACUGAAUAGUGGGACAGUAGACGAUGCUACUCUACAUCGAUCUCAACGAAGGUUAAAAGCUAAAGCUAAAAUCUACUCGCAGAUAAAACGAGGCGAGCUUAUAGAAAAUGAAGAGAUGCUAGUAGAUUUUGAUCAGAAAUGGGCUAAGGAGGGCGAUGCAGAAUCAAGCUCGGAUAUCGAAAGCGAUGACGGUCAUGGCGAAAUGGUUGAGUAUGAGGACGAAUUCGGACGAGCACGGCGUGGUACACGUGCCGAGGUCGAAAGGCUAGAACGGAGAAAACACUGCGCUUUAGUUGGUGCGGAAGACUUGGUGCAAAUGAGCGCACGACCGGCUAUGCCGAGUAAGCUCAUCUAUGGUGAUGCUGUACAAAGCCUAGCAUUUAACCCCGAUGAGCCCAUCUUAGCCAAGAUGGAAGCGUUGGCGGCAAAAAGAGAUAGAAGUUUAACCCCUCCCGAAAUGCGCCACUAUGAAGCAGACAAGGAGAUAAGGACAAAAGGCGUUGGCUUCUACUCCUUUUCUAAAAACGAAACACUUAGACAAGAUGAAAUGAAAGCGUUGGAAAAAGAAAGAUUAGAAACCGAAAAGUCUAGAGAGGAGAGGAAAGAGACAAAAGCUAGAAGAUUAAAAGAUAUUGAAGAACGUCGACGCGUGAUUCGGGGGAAGCGAGCAAUUAAGCAGGGAAAUAGCUUCCUGGACCUUCUAGGUGAUGAACUUGGACUUGGCAAGUAA